AUCUUGAUGCACUCAUCGUUUACCCUCGAAGAUCCAGGAAAGCUUCUGUAAAACAAUUUCUCAUCAUGUCUGCUACUGAUAGUUCUGACGCUUAUCCCCUCCCAAUCCCUCGACGCAUUAUCUCAACUCAUGACACAGAGACUGGUCAUGCUGUUUUUUGCACAGCAUUCGAUGAGACAAGUCCAUGGAGCCCAUUCCCCAAUCCCAGUACUGGAGUACCCGUCAGGAAUAUCCAACUCUACUCGACAAGCACAUUUCCAGUUCGUGGCCUGUCACCCCAAUCGGCCAUUACUUCUGAAGCCGAUGCCGAUGCCGAUUUAAAGUCAUACCGAAAGGACUUGGAGGCACCCGUGCCACCGGAAGUCCAUUCCCAAGCAACAAUGUGCCGGAUUGUUGAUUUUCCGCCCAGAAGCGUCUCUGACAUGCAUCGGACGCUUACAUUGGAUUACGUUGUUAUUCUAGACGGGUCAGUAGAGUGGUCGCUUGAUUCGGGCAAUUCGAAAGUAAUGCGUAAGGGCGAUGUAUUGGUUCAAAGAGGAACUGCACAUUCGUGGAAGAAUAUCACCCCGGAGCAGGAGAACGGCGGCUGGCUGAGGAUGUUUUUCGUUGUGUUACCAAUUGAGAAAGUGGUAGUUAAAGAUGGCCAAGCCUUGGGACCUGGGCUUGUUGUGUCAUCUAACAAUUGAACGAUGUUGUGUGGGUUUAGAAUUAAGCCUAGAAUUCAAUAGCCACUGUUUAGCAACGUGAUGGAUGAUCAAAAUCAUUAAG